GCUAUAAAAGCAUACCGCGUCGCCCCUCAGAUACGUAGUGUUUUCCCGUGUACUGCACUAGAAAAAUCGCCCACAAUGAAGUUCGUCAUUGCUCUGUUCGCCCUUCUGGCUGUCGCCCAUGCUUAUCCCGGAAUCUACGGGUAUUCCGAACCGGUAGCGCAACCAUGGCAAGCGCCUGAUCCUUGGCAAGGGGCUGCACCUUGGCAAGCGCCUUCUUACGUUAAGGUCGCUGCACCUCCAAUCGUGAAGGUGGCGGCACCUCAGGUCCAUGCCCCGGAAGUGCAUCACGCGAUCCAGAUCCCGCAACAACAGUCUGUUCCACCACCACACCCUCAACCCCUGAGCAUUAAGAUCCCCCAUGUACCGAUCGUGAAAAUUCCGUACCACGGAGCCAAGGUGAUCACCCCCCAUUUGAUCGGCGUUGAACAAUACGUGGAACCCGUGAAGAUCGUCAAGGCUCCCGUCCACCACCAGCCCUGGGACUAAGGUAAACCACGUCACCCGUUGAACUCGCUGGUCCAGGGUGAUCCAUCCUGGACGAGCCGUCCUGAGGUGCAUCCAUCCGGAAGUAGCGACGACGCUUUACGAACAACCGCUAACCAGCAUGGCCAACAUCGAAAUUCUCUUGGCAGGAAAGAAACAGAGGACAUACAGUUGAAGAAGCAUCCGGGUCAACUUUAACCCAGCGUUGCUCGAGUUCGUUCGUUUCAGGUGGAAAAACAGUAUUCUUCAGGGAGCAGAGGGAAAUCAGUAUUAUCCAACGAAGGAAAGAAAAACCAUGAACGAAGGAACGUCGGGUAAUUUGCUUUGGAAAAUGAGAAAACAACAGCCUCAGGAUCGGCGAGUAUUUUUGGACCACCCGAAGACCUCAGACCAGGCAGCCAAUCUUUAAGAAAACAAAAAAAAAAGUUUACUUAUUUUCCUUGUUUUUUUUUUUUAUACACACGAUACACGUUUACACGAGCGCAGCGACUUUUAUUUGAUAAUUUACACCAUUCCUAUCCUGUUCCUCGAUGAAACUUGAAAUUAUUGUGCGGUAUGUGACAACAACGAUGACAUCGGUGCCUUCAUUGUAUAUUCUCUUUUCUUCUUUCCGCCUAGUUCCAACCCCUACCUUACCCACCCCUACCAUACUUCUGCAACAACACUUUUAUUUAUUUUCUAAUAAAAGUUAAUUUUUAUGUCUUGUGA